AGAGAGAGAGAGAGAGAGAGAGAGGAUGGAGGUCUUUAAGUGGGGGUGAAGGGGCAGAAACCUCUAGGGGGACCCCCUCCCCGUUCCGCCAUUCUGCGACAGUUUCUUUUGUAACAGUAAUGGAGAACGUGAUGGGCAGCUCAUCUCCUCCUUCACGUUUUCAAGAAGACGAUGGCUCAAAAGAGAAUACUGAUGUUCCAGCUGGGGUAAAUCAUUCAGAAGGAUCGUGCUGUGGCAGUGCCUCCCAGGCUGCCAACAAUCCAGAUUUUGCAGAAGAUGUCUUGCAAAAUCAACUGUUACGAAAUGAGUCAUUUAAUAAAGCUGAAAAUAGUGAAAUGAGGCCUGAGGAGGAGCAAAGAGUCAAGAGAGGAGGCUGGUCUAAAGGGCGGAAGAGGAAGAAACCUUUAAGGGACAGCAAUGCUCCCAAAUCUCCCCUCACGGGGUAUGUGAGAUUUAUGAAUGAGCGGCGGGAGCAGCUUCGAGCCAAGAGACCUGAAGUUCCAUUUCCAGAAAUCACCAGAAUGUUGGGCAACGAAUGGAGCAAACUCCCUCCUGAGGAAAAACGGCGCUACCUUGACGAAGCCGACAGAGAUAAGGAGCGCUACAUGAGGGAGUUGGAGCAGUACCAGAAGACAGAGGCUUACAAAGUCUUCAGCAGGAAAGCCCAGGACAGACAAAAAGGCAAAUCACAUCGGCAAGAAGGAACACGACAAGCUACCCAUGACCAUCAGAAGGAACCUGAUACAAAGGAGAGGUCAGUUUUUGAUAUUCCAAUAUUUACAGAAGAGUUUUUAAACCACAGUAAAGCACGAGAAGCCGAGCUGCGUCAGCUGCGCAAAUCCAACAUGGAGUUUGAGGAAAGAAACGCUGCCCUGCAGAAGCACGUGGAGAGCAUGAGGACCGCGGUGGAGAAGCUGGAGGUGGACGUGAUCCAUGAGCGUAGUCGCAACACUGUGCUGCAGCAGCACUUGGAAACUUUACGGCAGGCUCUGACGAGUAGCUUUGCUGGUGUCCCCUUACCAGGGAGCGGGGAGACCCCCACAUUAGACACUAUUGAUUCCUACAUGAAUCGGCUGCACAACAUUAUUCUGGCAAACCCACAAGAGAAUGAGAAUCUUAUAGCUACAGUCCGGGAAGUUGUAAACCAUCUUGAACGUUAAUAACUUGGUCCAUCUGUGCUGGAGAAGCCAGAAGUGCCCAACCUUUCCGAGUCUGACCUUUGAUAAUAACUGCCAAGUGCUAUUAAUUGCACGCUCGCCAUUAUCCCUUGGCAUACGUGAAGAGCCCACUGCCCUUCCAGCGAGUGGCCAGAUGGAGCAGACAACAGUUCUAAGCCAGCCCUGCUCCCCGCAGGAUACAGCAGCCACACUUCUGCUGCUCUUUGAUGAAGGGAAACAGCUUGUGGAUGCAAGUCAGGGAUUCUUCCACAGCUCAUCGGCCACCUUCUUUUGACAAAGCAUUUCUUUUGGGGGUGGCGGUGGUGGUGAGCCUGCCUGUAGGCUGCCAAGGAAGACUUGGGGAAUUCAUGCUGGGGAAACAGUGACAGAACAUGGCAUUUCCCUUUAGACAGGCACUGGGAGGGCAGCUGAGGGUAGAGGGCAGAUGUUUUCCAUUGAAUUCCUCUUUUCAGCCAAGGUCUGCCCAAGGUUUCAGACACCCAGAAGGCUCCUAGUAUCCAUUUCUCUUCCUAUGACAGAUCCUGGGAGGGGAUAAGAACAUUCCCUGGGGUAUCCACAUGGAAGUGUGGUUUGCUUCUGGAAAAAUGGGAUUCUGGUUUCAACUACUAGAAAUGACAACAACAAAAAGCCCCAGGCCAAACUCGUCUCUUUCUUCCUUAUUUUUUUUCCAUUGAAGACAUAUUCUUACUACCUAAAAAUAACACCGAUGAGGCAGUUAACAAUGCUGAUUCCCAAUGGGUGGGAUUCCCCCCAAUAAGAAUGUUGAGCUGGUACUCAUGAAAACUCCUUUUGGCGUUUUCUUAGCAGUUUCCUUCAGCGAGAGAGGAUGGUAAAAGUGAAGGAGGAGAAUGUUUAGAGUGAAGUUAGCACUGGUAGACAUGAAGUCCAGAGAGCUUUCAAUGCUCGUACUGUGUACUAGGUCAUAUCGGCAGGCAAUCCUGUUGGAAUUUUGAUGCAUCUUGUAGAAUGGGGGAAUAAAACACACUUCC